GAGGCACUCACAAGUUGUUCUCCUGGCUUUUGCAUUACUUCCUCUACCUUUUCUUUGCAAUUCAAAUUUCCCUUGUGCUUUUAUUCAAGAGCUUCUUACCCCAUCUUGUCCUUUGUAACCACCAAGAAAUUAAAUCAUUUUGGAGGAUUAAGUCUUAAGCUCUUAGAUUUAUAUUGUUAAUUUCGAGCUGUCAGUGAUGGAUCCCUCUAGUGCGCAGCAUCAUCAUCAGGAACUAUCUUCUCAAACCCUAGAAAGCAUGUUGGUGAGCACAAAGCCACAACAAGACAAGAAGCCAAAGCCACCAGAGCAAGCAAUAAAUUGCCCAAGAUGUGACUCUGCCAACACCAAAUUUUGCUACUACAACAACUACAGUCUCUCUCAGCCUAGAUACUUUUGCAAAUCAUGUAGAAGAUAUUGGACCAAAGGUGGAACAUUAAGAAAUGUUCCAGUAGGAGGAGGCUGCAGGAAGAACAAAAGGUCAUCAUCAUCAAGAAGUACAAGCCAAGAUCAUUCCUUCAACACUAGCCCUAAUAAUAGUAAUCCACUUUCUUCACUCACAUCACCUUUCUCCUAUGAUUCUAGUGAUUUGAGCUUAGCAUUUGCUAGGCUCCAAAAACAAGGGAAUGGGCACUUGGGAUUUGAAAACCAUAAUAAUAUUUCAAUCAUGUGCAAUGAAAAUCCUAGUGGAUUUCUUGAUGCACUUAGGGGUGGAUUUAUCGAAAAUAAUCCCAAUGGAUUUCAUCACCAAAAUUUGUACUAUGGAAUUAAUGGGGACAUGGGAUUACAUCAUGUGGAAAAUGGUGGAAUGGGGGUGAAUAAUAAUGUGAGUGAUCAAGAAAUAGGAGUGCAUAAUUAUGAUCAAGAAAUUAGCAGUGGUGUAACAACAACAACAGCUACUACAAUGACAACAGUUAAACAAGAGGUGUGCAACAUGGCUAGAGAUCAAGGUGACAACAAAGUUUUGUGGGGAUUUCCAUGGCAGAUUAACGGAGAAGGAAAUAAUAUGGGUGAUUUUGAUUCAACUAGGAGAAUGUGGAAUGGAGUUGGUGGUUCUUCUUGGCAUGGACUUCUCAAUAGCCCUCUCAUGUAGAUGGUAGUACUUUACUUUUUUUUUUUUUUUUUGGCUAGAUUCACUGGCCGAUUAAUGUAGAUUCACGUUGAACAAGAUCAAGUCAUGAAUUUGGAUUUACGCUGAGCAGGAUCCGUAAAAACAGAAACGUUUUUUCAUUAGGAAUUUCCUUAGUUUCAGGCUUGGAAGUUUGCAAGGCAGAAAAAGAACUUCGUUCUUAGAUCAGAGUUGAAGGUUAACUUAAUGAUCUUGAGUUGGGUAAAGAGAUUUGAUUCACCUGAAUCAUUUCUAUCUAAUUUUUCUUCUUCUUGGGAUGUCUUUUUUAGGUCUCUUCCUUGUGGAUUGACAAACUAAGUAAUGAAAGUUGAUUUAUUUUUCUUCAAUCUACCAGUAGUACUGACAGACAUCCAGUGAUAUGUGGAAUUGGUUGGUUUGUUUAAUGAAAGUGAACGUGAUUGAUAGAAUCAGA